CCCCCUCGCGGUCGAUAGGGCUGGCUGCGCCGAGCCCCCUGCGCGCUGCACAUGGGGCGCCUGACGGAGGCGGCGGCAGCGGGCAGCGGCGCUCGGGCUGCAGGCUGGGCAGGGUCCCCUCCCACGCUCCUGCCGCUCUCUCCCACGUCCCCCAGGUGCGCGGCCACCAUGGCGUCCAGCGACGAGGACGGCACCAACGGCGGCGCCUCGGAGGCCGGCGAGGACCGGGAGGCUCCCGGCAAGCGGAGGCGCCUGGGGUUCUUGGCCACCGCCUGGCUCACCUUCUACGACAUCGCCAUGACCGCGGGGUGGUUGGUUCUAGCUAUUACCAUGGUACGUUUUUAUAUGGAAAAAGGAACACACAGAGGUUUAUAUAAAAGCAUUCAGAAGACACUUAAAUUUUUCCAGACAUUUGCCUUGCUUGAGAUAGUUCACUGUUUAAUUGGAAUUGUACCUACUUCUGUGCUUGUGACUGGGGUCCAAGUGAGUUCAAGAAUCUUUAUGGUGUGGCUCAUUACUCACAGUAUAAAACCAAUCCAGAAUGAAGAGAGUGUGGUGCUUUUUCUGGUCGCGUGGACUGUGACAGAGAUCACUCGCUAUUCCUUCUACACAUUCAGCCUUCUUGACCACUUGCCAUACUUCAUUAAAUGGGCCAGAUAUAAUUUUUUUAUCAUCUUAUAUCCUGUUGGAGUUGCUGGUGAACUUCUUACAAUAUACGCUGCCUUGCCGUAUGUGAAGAAAACAGGAAUGUUUUCAAUAAGACUUCCUAACAAAUACAAUGUCUCUUUUGACUACUAUUAUUUUCUUCUUAUAACCAUGGCAUCAUAUAUACCUUUGUUUCCACAACUCUAUUUUCAUAUGUUACGUCAAAGAAGAAAGGUGCUUCAUGGAGAGGUGAUUGUAGAAAAGGAUGAUUAAAUGAUCUCUGCAAACAAGGUGCUUUUUCCAGAAUAACCAAGAUUACCUGAGUCCAAGUUUUAAUAACAAGAAUAAACAACUUUGUGAAAUAUCA